AUGGAAACUUGCUACACUGCUCUGCAGAUCUUCUUCUUUCUGGCACGUGGGAUCACCUGUGUCCUUGGCACCGUGGGAAAUGGGCUUGUGAUCUGGGUGGCUGGAUUCCGCAUGGCAUGCACAGUCACCACCUUGUGUUACCUGAACCUGGCCAUCGCCGACUUCCUCUUCAGCGUCACUCUGCCAUUCUUCAUGGCUUUAAAUUAUACGCAGGGACGAUGGCCUUAUGGCUGGUUCCUAUGCAAGUUAUUUAACAUUGUGAUAGACACAAACCUGUUUGCCAGUGUCUUCCUCAUUGCGUUCAUUGCUCUGGACCGCUGUAUUUGUGUCUUGCAUCCAGUUUGGGCCCAGAACCACCGCACUCUACGUCUGGCUAAAAAAGUGAUCAUUGUACCCUGGAUUCUUGCUCUACUCCUCAACUUGCCAGUUCUCAUCUUCUUUACUACAUUCAAAAAUGAUAACGGGGAUAUAUACUGUGAUUUCAACAUGGACUUCUGGGGUGACAUCAGUGAAGAAGAGAUGUUGCAGAGGUUGUUUACCUCAGCAGCAAUCAUAGGGAUCAACCGGUUUGUCAUUGGCUUCACUCUACCGAUGUCCAUCAUCGCCAUCUGCUAUGGGCUCAUUGCAGCCAAAAUGCGAAACAAGGGCAUGAUAAAGUCCCAUCAUCCUUUACGGGUCCUCGCAGUUGUCGGAGCUUCCUUUUUCAUUUGCUGGUUCCCCUUGCAACUGUGUCUUCUUCUGCAUACACUCUAUGCCAGAGCAAUACUUGAAGGAAAGUUCAACAUCAUUUUUGUCCUGGAAACUCUAACUACCUGUCUAGCCUUUUUCAACAGCUGCCUCAACCCAAUGCUCUACAUCUUCCUGGGGAGAGACUUCCGAAAGAGAAUGAUCCAAUCCCUUCCCGCCAGUCUGCAGAGGGCCCUGACUGAGGACUCAGCCCCAGCCAGUCACACAACAAACAAAUCUGCUUCUUCUCCUACUGAGGCCGAAUUACAGGAGAUGUGA